UUCCUUUUUUUCAGAUCAAUGACGUGCAUUUACAGCCUCUAUAAGAGCGCGUCAGGUUAACGCUGUUAGCUGUUCUCUCCGUGGAUCUCGGCUCAGUAUCCCGGCCUUUGUGCUGUCCUGGCUUUGUCCCCCAGAACCAACACUUACACAGACGACGCUAGCAGAGCCAACAGCGAUCAGUGUUGCUUAUUAACAGGGAAUUUGAACAUUCGUUGGCACGAUUCGUUCUUCAGGGUAGCAGCAAAUUCACGCGAGGCGUACACAGUUGUCUGGUUAAGAAAAUCAGUUGCAAACGUUGAUCAAACAUACUGAUCAAUAUGGAAGGUCAACAAACUCCCGAGAUUCUCGACUACCGGAAUGCGAAUGGUCAUGGAUGGUCCUACUACAAACAUGACGGCCUUCUCCGGCCGAUUUUCACCACCCCUGAAAAUGACAUGGAAAUGAUCAGAAAAGUUCAGAAACUCGAACUACGGGACGAUGACAUGAUGAUAGCGGCAUAUCCCAAAUGUGGUACCCACUGGUUGUGGGAAAUCGUCAAUAUGCUCAGGGCCGGUAACACCGAGUACAACAAAAAGUCGAAGGAGAUGGCCAUGUUGGGGGCGCCGAAGUCAGAGCGGGCUGAUGAACUCCCAUCACCAAGAAUUCUGAACUCACAUCUAUAUUUCCGUCUUCUGCCGGAGAAGAUGGUAGAGAAGAAAAUAAAAACCAUCUUCAUCAUGCGAAAUCCCAAAGAUGUCAGCGUAUCAUAUUAUUGCAUGAUCAACGGAAUGAAAACCUCGUUUAGGUUUGACGGGACAUAUUCAGAAUAUCUGAACCUGUUCUUUGAAGGGAAAAUUCCCGGUGGAGCUUAUGCCGACUACGUGAAGGAUUGGCUGCAAGUGAAACAGGACAACCCGGAUUUGCCUGUCUUGACACUGUUUUAUGAAAACUUGAAAAAGGAUCCUGUUAGGAACAUCAAAACGGUUGCCGACUUCAUUGGGGUGUCUGUCAGCGAUGAACUAUGUGAGCAAAUAGCAGAAGCGUGCAGCUUUAAGAAGCUGAGGACGGCAGACACAGACCUGAAGGAGCAUGUGGUUACUGCACCCGAAAACUGGAAGGAAGGUCACAAAGGAAUCUUCAGGAAAGGUGAAGUUGGGGACUGGAAGAACUGGAUAACAGUUGCUCAAAACGAGAGAUUUGACGACGUCAUAGAAAGAGCAUUUGAAGGCACAGGAAUUGCAUUUACGUAUGAGUAGAUCAGACAACGGUGUUCGUAAUAUCGUAGUAGAAUUAUUUGAACAUAUCUGACAGAGAUUUCAACCAGUCACCUUUGUACUCUGAAAUCGGGGUAAAGACGACCCAAUGUUACAAGAAGAUGGAUGACGAUGAGUGUGUGCUUUGUGUUUUCCACCGGCAUGAACAGUCUAUCAGUUACACCAGGGCAUGUGAUUUGUUUAGGAAACCGUUGUUGACGCUUGUUAAAGCACUUUAACACUUCAGUGAAACUACAAGCUAGGAUGGUGUACCGACAGAACAAGGGGCAUAAUCAGAAGGAUUCUGGGAUUCGAAAGCACGGUCAGCGGAUCUUGUUACAACUUAAGGACGUCAUUCAGCACAUCCAUGUCCGGCGACUGAAACGAAUAAGCCGCCAAUGCCUCCAAACAUACCAAGACUUAACUCCUGGAUAUGGCAGUAAAGAUGUUUAUUGAAAUACAUUGUCAAAGGUAUUCGGAAAAUGUUGUCCAACCCGUCGAUCCACUCUUAAUGUUUUAAAGCAUACUUUUAUUUUUAAAUAUGUACAUUAAAUACCAACUUAACAAAGAAAAAUAUGCUUACGUG